GAUGGGGAUGUCUUGUGAUGUUGGGUGAUCAGUAUCAAUGAAGGGGGUGAUUCUGAAAAGAGACAGAUUAAAAUAAAGCGCUCUCUGCCCGGGAUGUGCUGGAAGCAGUUGGGAGGGCUACCCGGAGCGGGCGGCCGCGGCAGCCCCGCGCCACACUUUUCCCCCUCCGCACCAGAAAAUGAUCAAGUCAAUCAUGUGGACAUGCUUCAUUAUUCAUUGAACACAAUCUUUUACAACGCUCCGUUUACGUGCGGGAGUUUCUUCUACGCUUUGCUUUAAAUUUGAAGGUUUUAUUUUUACAGUUACGACCUUCAGUACCUUUCCUGUGUCUUUUAAGGAUUUCCUCAGCCAGGGAACACAUUCGUUGUUUUAAGAGUAACUGUAAAGAAUCUGCGAGAGCUUCCAUCAUCCAUCGAUAGAAGAAUUAAACUUUGCUGCACUCCAGCUAGCUAGAUGGGGAAACAGAGGCAAAGAGGUUAAAGGGCCUCUUCCAGCCACAGAGUGUGUUGAUGUCUGUUCCUGUUCCCUAGACAUGUGCACAGACUACUAGACUUCACUGCUCUGGCAGCAGCAGGGAAGUGGGACGCCCCUUUGGCAAUCUGUCAGUGCCAACCUGAGCUGCAUCCUUUCGCUGGGUAUUUUCUAAGCUGACUGACAGUCCUUAAAACAAGUAUGCAGUUAAGCUGCUAAGAGAUGGAGGAAGCUAGUUUGUGCCUUGGUGUUUCUUCAGCUGUGCCAGAAGCUGACGCCCAUCUCAACAGCACCAUACUCAAUGGGCAGUAUUCAAUGAGCCAGAAGCUGCACCAGAUCACUUCCCAGCUCAGCCAUGCUUUUCCGGAGCUCCAGAACAGGCAGAAUCCAGAAGAGAAGGCAUCAGCACCACUAGAAGACAAAAGCCACAUGUCCAUAGCAAACCAACCCAUCAGCAGUCAGAUGGCCCUGUUAGCAAACCAGCUCAACAGAGAGGUUGACACCAGUUUGAAUGGGCGUGUGGAUCUGCAGCAGUUCUUAAAUGGACAAAACCUAGGGAUUAUGUCUCAGAUGAGCGAUAUAGAGGAUGAUGCCAGGAAAAACAGAAAGUACCCGUGUCCCCUCUGUGGAAAGCGCUUUCGAUUUAACAGCAUCCUGUCGCUGCACAUGCGCACUCAUACUGGAGAGAAACCGUUUAAGUGUCCAUACUGUGAUCACAGAGCAGCUCAGAAAGGCAACCUGAAGAUACACCUGCGUACUCAUAAGCUUGGCAACCUCGGUAAAGGUCGUGGAAGAGUCCGAGAGGAAAACAGACUUUUACAUGAGCUGGAGGAGAGAGCGAUUCUUCGGGACAAGCAGAUGAAGAGCAGCCUCUUGCAGCCACGACCUGAUGUGAAAGCACAGCAGCAUGCUCAGCCAAUGCCUCUCACAAAUUGCAACUUGUCUGUGCCAGCUAAUCACAACACACCUGAUAUUUCAAACCCUGUUCCCUCUCCAAAGCCAGUCAGUGUCCAGGAAGAAGUUGUUGCUCAGACAGCUGGGUUCAGAUGCACAUUUUGCAAAGGCAAGUUUAAAAAGCGUGAAGAGCUGGACAGGCACAUAAGGAUCCUGCACAAGCCUUACAAGUGCACCCUGUGUGACUUUGCUGCCUCACAGGAAGAGGAGCUGAUCAGCCACGUUGAGAAGGCUCACAUAACCGCAGAGUCAGCGCAGGGCCAGGGCUCCAAUGGGAAUGGGGAGCAGUCCACCAAUGAGUUCCGCUGCGAGGUGUGUGGCCAAGUGUUCAGCCAAGCCUGGUUCCUAAAAGGCCACAUGAGGAAGCACAAGGAUUCCUUUGAACACUGCUGUCAGAUCUGCGGGCGGCGAUUCAAAGAGCCUUGGUUCCUUAAAAAUCACAUGAAAGUUCACCUGAAUAAGUUAUCUGUCAAGAACAAAUCUCCUAAUGAUCCCGAAGUACCUGUCUCCAUCAGCAGUAUGUCCCAGGAAGCUCAUGCAAACUUGUAUUCAAGAUACCUGUCCUGUUUGCAGAGUGGGUUUCUUCCUCCUGACAAAGCGAGCUUAAGUGAACAAAAUCAAAUCUAUAACAAAGGAGACAUGCCCAUGAAAGAGAAGGAAGUCUUGGGAAAGCUCCUUUCACCCAUUUCUGGCAUUGGCCACAGUAUUGCUGAAGGGGAUAAACACUCUUUAUUGGGCUGUCUCAAUCUGGUGCCUCCUCUGAAAUCCAGCUGUAUAGAAAGGUUACAAGCUGCCGCCAAAGCAGCGGAGAUGGAUCCAGUAAACAGCUAUCAGGCCUGGCAGCUUAUGGCAAGGGGAAUGGCCAUGGAACAUGGCUUUUUGUCUAAAGAGCAGCAGAUACAGCGCAGCCAUGAAGACACUUUGGCAAAUGCUGGAGUUAUGUUUGAUAAGGAGAAGCGGGAGUAUGUGUUAGUAGGAGCAGAUGGCUCUAAGCAGAAAAUGCCUGCUGAUUUGGUUCACAGCACUAAAAUGGGCAAUCAGAGAGACUUGCCAAACAAACUAGACCCUUUAGAAGGCAGUAGAGAUUUUUUGUCACAUGGUAUGAACCAGGGACUCGAUUACAACUUACAAAGUCAUGGAAACGUGAAAGAAAAGCCAACUGAAUGCCCGGAUUGCGGGAGGGUUUUUAGAACGUACCACCAAGUGGUUGUGCACUCCAGGGUCCACAAAAGAGACAGGAAAGGAGAAGAUGAAAUAAUCCAAGGGAGUCUUGAUGAGCGUCGUGGAUCUGGCAGCGAUCAAGAGUCGCAGUCUGUCAGCAGGUCGACGACCCCAGGCUCCUCUAACAUUACUGAAGAAAGCGGAGUAGGUGGGGGUCUCUCACAGACGGGGAGUGCCCAGGAGGACAGUCCACACCCUUCCUCGCCCUCCUCUUCAGACAUUGGAGAAGAAGCUGGGAGAUCUGUAGGAGUCCAGCAGCCAGCUUUACUGAGAGACAGGAGCCUUGGUUCUGCCAUGAAAGACUGCCCAUAUUGUGGAAAAACAUUCAGAACAUCACAUCACUUAAAGGUCCACUUGAGAAUACAUACAGGUGAGAAGCCUUACAAGUGUCCGCAUUGUGAUUACGCUGGUACUCAGUCUGCGUCCCUCAAGUACCACUUGGAGAGGCACCAUCGGGAGAGACAAAAUGGAGCGGGACCACUGUCGGGGCAGGCUGCAAGCCAAGAACACAAAGAAGAGACAUCAAGUAAAAGUUCUGUGUUUAUUAGACCAGAUAUACUGAGGGGAGCCUUCAAGGGGCUUCCUGGUAUUGAUUUCCGAAGUGGCAUGGUCUCACAACAGUGGGCGUCAGGAAUGCUGUCUUCUGGAGAUCAGCAAGGACAAGCAGCUGGCAUGUCAUCUGAAGUAUCUUCAGAAAACAUGAAGGGUUCUGACUUAUCUUCCAAAGGAACACACUUCUCUGAACUUGGCCGUGCUUACCAGAAUAUGGUUGGGAACGGCGUGAACUUUCAAGGGUCUUUGCAAGCUUUCAUGGACAGCUUUGUCCUAAGUUCUUUGAAGAAAGAAAAAGAAAUGAAGGAUAAAGCUCUAUCAGAUCCACUUUCAGCAAAAGCUCUGGGUGCAGAAGGAGGUGAGGAAAAGAUCAAUAGCAAGUCCUCCCAGAGAAAAACUGAGAAGUCGCAAUAUGAACCUCUUGACUUAUCCGUAAGGCCAGAUGCAGCCUCCCUUCCAGGUUCAUCUGUUACUGUGCAAGACAAUAUUGCAUGGCACGGCUGCUUAUUUUGCUCCUUUACCACUUCAUCUAUGGAACUAAUGGCUCUGCACCUCCAGGCCAAUCACUUGGGCAAGGCUAAACGUAAGGACAACAUCAUAGGGAACAACAAAGAGCAAUCUAGAGAAGCUUCAGCCUCAGUCAACAAAGUGAGCUUGCUCUCCGCUUCUGUGCAGUCCAGCAAAGAGGCCGUAGUUUCAAACAUGCUUAGCCAGCUGGACUCAGCUUCUGAGAAAAUGACCCAAGGACAAAAUAAAGAGACCCUGGGAGAGCAAAAGAGUGCUGCCUGGCCCAGCCACAUGGAAUCCACUUUUUGUAAUUUUACAACAGACUUCUAUAAGCAGUUUGGUGUUUAUCCUGGUGUUAUUGGCACAGGAACACAAAAUUCUUGCACCAGUAAUGAAUCUGAAAUAAAACCACAGUCUGAAGAUGACCCAAAUAUUCUGCUCUCUGACUCUGUAAAUAAAAGUGCUACUGAUGACCUUUCUGACAUAGCUUCAUCUGAGGAUAUGGAAUCUUCCAAGGAGGAAAACAUUGAAGAUGAGGACAUUGAAACAGAACCAGAUAUUAUGAAUAAGCAGUUGUCUGCCCUAAACAAGGAAAGCAGUGAAGGAGGCGACAACAUACAAAGUGCAGUCACCUCACAACCAGCACAAGGGCUCGUAUCGCCACUGCCACAAGCAUCAGAAAAGCAGUGGCACAGUCAGAAUCUUCUGUCCUCCCAUGAAACUGCACAAGGAGUGAUGAAACCCGAACAAGUUCAGGGUCCGCAGGUCCUGGAGAAGCAGAUGAACAUGUUGUCAGUCCUAAGAGCUUACAGCUCUGAUGGCUUAGCAGCCUUUAAUGGACUUGCAAGUAGCACAGCAACUAGUGGAUGUAUCAAGAGACCUGACUUGUGUGGUCACCGGCCCUUCCAGUGCCGAUACUGCCCGUACAGUGCCUCCCAGAAGGGGAACCUGAAGACCCACGUCCUCUGUGUCCAUCGCAUGCCUUUUGACAACAGCCAGUAUCCGGACCGCAGGUUCAAGCGCUCUCGGGCAGACUCAGAAGCUCCGGGGAGCCUGGAGGAUGUCGCGGGCCGUGCAGCAGGCCCAGCCGAGCAGGCCGAGGAGGGUGGCCAUGGGCUGGAGUAG